AACAGGGCGGAAGUAGUGAAAAUUAUCCCCCCAUCAGAUCAGCUAGCUGUGCGGACGCGUCCAAGACGGAUUUUCUGUGUCAAAUCCUCAUAUUUCUGACCGAAGCGACGUGGACAUGGACAGAUAGUGUUUGUUUAACCGGGUUUACAGACGUGGUCCCUGUCCGAAGACGACACAUCUUUCCGCUGCUGAUCUUGGACUCUCACUCAGGACUCAGACACAGAGGAGACACAAGAACUUAACUUCCUGAGGAUCUCCAGAGUCCCUCCACGCUUCCUGUAGCCACCAGCAUGGCUAACAGCACCACAGCGGCUGUGAAGGUUUUGGGGACCCCUGGUCCUGCUGGCAGAACCAGUCCAGAGGGAUCUCAGGUUCUUAGUAAGAAGAAGCUCCAGGACCUGGUGCGAGAGAUUGACCCAAAUGAGCAGCUGGAUGAAGAUGUGGAGGAGAUGCUGCUACAAAUUGCAGACGACUUUAUAGAGAGUGUAGUGACAGCAGCCUGUCAACUGGCUCGCCAUCGCAAGUCCAACACCUUGGAGGUGAAGGAUGUUCAGUUACAUCUUGAACGCCAGUGGAACAUGUGGAUUCCUGGUUAUGGCUCAGAUGAAAUCCGGCCGUUCAAGAAGGCCUGCACCACAGAGGCUCACAAACAGAGAAUGGCGCUGAUCCGUAAGACAACCAAAAAAUAACAAGACUGUAAACUAAAAUGUUGACCCUCUCUGUCUAAUGUCUUUUCUUUUUGGAUAGUUUUUAUUUGAUUAUUUACCUUUUUAAAGUGGAAUCUUUUGGACUAAGGGUAAGAAAAGGGGGGGUAUAUUUUUCUUUUGACAUUCGUGAAUCAUUGCUAUGUCUCUCUAACAUUUGAGUGUUUUGUCAGGAUCGUCACACAAUUAUGUAAUUAUUGUCUCCGAUUAUGUUUUGUUUCCAUCGAGCUACGCCUGGCAGAACACUGUUCGUUGCAUUUUUGUGAAUAAACAUUUACUGGAAUAAUC